AGAUCAAGAAACUAUGUUUCAGAAUCUGAGGUAUGCAAACUGGAAUCUGUACCCUUGGAUUUUGGCGAUUACCAUCCGCUAAAGCCCAUUACAGUUACUGAAUCAAAGACCAAGAAAAUGAACCGGAAAGGAAGUACUUCUUCUACCUCCUCCUCAUCUUCUAGUUCCAUGAUGGAUCCAUUGAGCAGUGUAUUGGAUGGUACCGAUCCCUUGUCGUUAUUUGCAGCAGCUGCAGAUUCUGUGACGACUACUGCUACCUUGGAUAGUACACGGAAGAAACGGGAUAAAGAUGAUGGCUCAGCAGUAGGAAGUGACUUUGAACCAUGGUCAAGCAAACGUGGUGAAAUCCUUGCUAGAUACACAACAACAGAGAAGCUCUCUAUUAAUCUGUACAUGGGAUCUGAAAAAGGAAAAGCUACAACUACUGGCUCAGCAGUUUCUGAAAAAGUGAGGACAAGGUUGGAAGAACUGGAUGAUCUGGAAGAGGGGUCACAGAAAGAGCUAUUGAAUUUGACUCAGCAGGAUUACAUGAACCGAAUUGAAGAGCUGAACCAGUCUUUAAAGGAUGCUUGGUCCUCUGAUCAGAAAGUAAAAGCUCUGAAAAUAGUCAUCCAGUGUUCUAAGCUUCUUUCAGACACAACAGUAAUCCAGUUUUAUCCAAGUAAAUUUGUUUUAAUUACAGAUAUCCUUGAUACUUUUGGGAAACUGGUGUAUGAAAGAAUUCUGUCAAUGUGUGUGGACAGCCGUGUCUCUCUGCCAGAUAAUUUUCCUCCAGAGAGUGUUAAUGAUACGGCUAAAGAAACUUGCUUAAACUGGUUUUUCAAGAUUGCUUCAAUCAGAGAACUCAUUCCCAGAUUUUAUGUGGAAGCAGCAAUAUUGAAGUGCAAUAAGUUCCUAUCCAAAACGGGAAUUUCAGAAUGUCUCCCACGGUUAACGUCUAUGAUUAGAGGAAUUGGAGAUCCACUGGUCGCAGUCUAUGCAAGAGCAUACCUUUGCAGGGUUGGGAUGGAAGUGGCACCACAACUCAAAGAAAGCCUUAACAAAAAUUUCUUUGACUUUCUCCUAACAUUUAAACAAAUUCAUGAGGAUACGGUUCAGAAUCAGCUGGUAGUACAGUGUGUGGAGAUUCCUUUGUAUUUGACUCUAUAUUCUCCUUCUAUAGACUGGAUUUUACAGUGUAUUGCAUACCGUGCUCCUGAAGUUCUGCUUACUGAGAUGAUGGAGAGAUGCAAAAAACUGGGGAACAAUGCUUUGCUAUUGAAUUCAGUGAUGUCAGCAUUCAGAGCCGAGUUUAUUGCUGCAAGAUCUAUGGACUUCAUUGGCAUGAUUAAAGAGUGUGAUGAAUCUGGAUUCCCAAAG